AUGCGUCUUUUGAGGUACAGCCUCGAUCAAACUCCAACUAGUGGUUCUGUGUUAACUUCUAAGGUGUGUUUGGAUUGUCCUGUGGAAAUUUCUGGUAGAACCUUCUUGAUUGAUCUGAUUUGUUUGCCUUUGAGCCAGAUUGAUGUUACUCUUGGUAUGGACUGGUUAUCUUCAAACCAUGCCUUGUUAAACUAUUUUGAUAAAAUUGUGGUGUUUGAUGGUCCUGGAGUCAGUAAGGAUAUGAUGUUUAUCUCUGCCAACCAAGUUGUGACAACUUUAAAAGAAGAUGCUCAAGUGUACAUGAUCUUGUCUAACCUAGAAAUAGAGACAAAGGUUUCCAUGUGUGACCUCCCUGUUGUUAGAGAGUUCCCUGAAGUCUUCCCUGAGGAUAUAUCCGAUGUACCACCCGAGAGAGAGAUAGAGUUUUCCAUAGACCUAGUACCUGGUGCUAAGAUUUUAGAAGGGGAGGCUCAGAAGUGGCCUCAAGAGAUUUCUCCAAAAUGGCUGCAACUUCUUGUGUUUCAACUACCCUUUUUCUUCUGA